CUGGAGUACUCGACCCUGUGCAUGGUGUUUGGCGUGCCUCCAGCAACACUAUCAAAAAUCAUCUGCCGUGCUGAGCGUGCUCUCGCUAAUGCGCUGGUCGGUUUUGCUCCUGUUCGCAUACGCUGGCCCUCACCACACCACCAAUUCCAGUUAGCCAGACUCGUUCAAGCUCGCGAGCCACUGCUACAUUACACUUUCGGGUUCGUUGACGGAGAGAACUACAGAGUACAGGAGCCGUCAAAUGCUGAUCUCCAGAAUGCUAUGUAUAAUGGCUGGAUGCACACUGUGUUUGUGACGGGCACCAUCCUAUUCGCUGCGGAUGGCUGUAUUGUAUGGUCCAAGCACAAUUGCCCCGGUUCCUGGAAUGAUUCAGACACGUCGCUGGAGAUGCGGGAAAAGCUGGUAGACCCGGCGGUCUGUCCCGAUCCCCGUUAUGGCGUUGUAGCUGACUCGGCUUUCCCCUGCUCGGGAGAUAUGGUAGGCAGGAUACUUACACCGCUAAAGGAUGGUGAUCUGGAGAGGAUUCAGCCCGCACUCAGGAGCGCAGCCCGAACGAUGAACAACGCAAUUCUUUCCGUGCGGCAAGCCGCUGAGUGGGGCAUGGGCAGCGUCGAAAAGGUGUACAGCAGACUGCUGCUUCCAUUUCCCUACGAUCCCGAGGUGAGAGGAGUGCGGCUUGGCAAGUUGUUGUUUUGGCUGCCCAAUUUUAGAGUUCGCAGUGUGGAGAUCUCACAACUCCGAACGACGUUUAGCGGUAUUUACGAGCGGAGCAUGUAUUGCUGA